AUGGAAACACAGUCGUUUGGAGUACCGGGAAAUGAUGGAGGAGGAGCUGGUGGCUCCGACCAGCCUGAAGGCUCGAACCCCAACAAAGAACCAUUUGAUUGCAACAUUUGCCUCGACAUGGCCAAAGACGCGGUGGUGACGCGAUGCGGUCAUUUGUUUUGCUGGAGUUGCUUGGUGCAGUGGUUGGACACACGUCCCGGAGGGCAGGUGUGCCCCGUAUGCAAAUCAGCUGUAGAAUCCGAUCAGGUGAUUCCAAUUUACGGACGUGGUGGGAGUAAAGAGGACCCGCGUACACGGAUCCCUCCUCGACCCCGCGGACAACGCGCUGAACCUCAGCCACAGCAGCAAUAUGGCGAUGGUGGUCUACGCUUUUCUCUGGGGAUUGGGUUUUUCCCAUUCGGUGUCUUUGCCCAAAUGCUUGGACAAGACCAACAUCCCCUAAACCCACAAGACGCUGAAGAUGACCGAAUAGCUGAUAUCUUCCUGUAUAUAGGACUGUUUUCUAUAAUGGCCCUUUUGCUACUC